AUUUAGAGACGAUAAAAGACUGUUUUGUGAGACACGUGUUACCCUUUAAGUCUUGUUUUUUUGAGAAGAGAGAGAAUUGAAGAUCGAUGGCGGAAAGCGCGAUGAUCUCCAGCAACUGAAGAAGGAAAGCCAGAGCUUCAGGCAGAGGCUACUUCUCUGGACCUUUUCUAUUCUGAUUGUGCAAAGAGGAGUCUCUUGCACUUAGAACAUAGAAACUACCUUUUUAUAUAGUUUGUAAUCAAAGAUUUACUCUACUUAUUUAUGCUUCACGUUUCAUUGUUGAGAUGAUCUUGUUCCCUGUCAAAACAUGUUGAGCAUAACAAGUUCACCUUCUCUCGUUCUCUCCAAACAAAAGAAGCAAACACAUUUUGAUCAAACGUUUGUCUCAUGUUCUAUCCAUCUCACCAAACAAAACGACCAAACACAUUCUGAUCUAAACAAGUUUAUGUUCUCUCCUUCUUUUGAUCACAAAUUUUAAUCACAAAACCAUCAAAAACAAUUUCUAUAUGGCUUCUUCCUCGCAAAACACUUUAGAUGGAUCAAUUGAUGAUAUAUUUGAUCAGUAUUUUGAUCAACACUUUGAUCAAACUUUUGAGAAUUUUACCAUUCUACAGAUAUCCCUACUAAUCUUUGUUUUUAAGUUUUAUAUUUAAAUCUAUAUUUAAAAUGUUAUCUUUUAUAAUGUUUUAUUUAAUAAAUAAAUUUUAUCUUUAAUUAAAUAAUUUUUUUAAAAAACCCCUAAAUAAGAAACUUGCAUUGGAAGCACUAAUUGUAGGGGUCUCUUAAUUAUGUCUCUUAAUCUCACUUUAACUACUUAAAAAUAUUAAAAUAAAUAUUAAGAGACCCAAGAAGAGGCUUUGGGAUAAUGAUGCUCUAAGUUAUGAUCAAUAAUAAUAAUAAAACUAAUUAUUCAAAUCCACCUAACCAUACCCACCAUGUCCAUACGAGAUCUCCAAGACUCCAACUCCUCUAUAAAUUGCUAUGAAAGAUCUCUUUUCAGACUUACACCCAGAACAAGAAAAAACAACGAAGGCAACAAAGAAUAAAACAUAACCCUCUUCUGGCUAGACUCUUUCUUUAAUUUCUUCCAUUUUCUUUGAACAAAAGAUCAAUGACCCCCAAUGAAGACGGCUCUAUCGGGACCUCCUUGCAUGGAGUCACGGCAAGGGAACAAGUCUUCUCCUUAUCCGUUGAAGAUGGCCUUUCGUCUCAAGCCAUCCGAUCAGAUGAUCCCACGGCUAAGUUCGCCAUCCCGGUUGACUCAGAACACAGAGCAAAAGUGUUCAAACCACUCUCAUUCGCCAAACCACACAUGCGAGCCUUCCAUUUAGGAUGGAUCUCUUUCUUCACUUGCUUCAUCUCCACCUUCGCGGCCGCACCUCUAGUCCCCGUAAUCCGCGACAACCUCGACCUGACUAAAACUGAUAUAGGAAACGCCGGAGUCGCGUCCGUCUCUGGCGCCAUUUUCUCAAGACUCGCUAUGGGUGCCGUAUGUGACCUUCUAGGGGCACGUUACGGCACAGCUUUCUCUCUUAUGCUCUCGGCUCCAGCUGUUUUCUCCAUGUCUUUCGUAUCUGAUGCGGGAAGCUACUUAGCCGUGCGCUUCAUGAUUGGCUUUUGCUUAGCGACAUUCGUGUCAUGCCAGUACUGGACUAGCGUUAUGUUUACCGGAAAAAUUAUUGGACUCGUUAACGGAUGUGCCGGAGGUUGGGGAGAUAUGGGAGGAGGCGUGACUCAGCUACUCAUGCCAAUGGUGUACCACGUCAUCAAACUCACCGGAGCCACUCCUUUCACGGCGUGGAGGUUCGCAUUCUUCAUCCCCGGAUUUCUUCAGAUCAUUAUAGGCAUUCUGGUCCUCACUCUCGGCCAAGAUCUCCCUGAUGGUAACCUCAGUACCCUCCAAAAGAGUGGUCAAGUUUCCAAAGACAAAUUCUCCAAAGUAUUCUGGUUCGCUGUGAAGAACUAUAGAACAUGGAUCUUAUUCGUUCUUUACGGAUUCUCUAUGGGAGUUGAAUUAACCAUCAACAAUGUUAUAUCUGGAUACUUCUACGAUAGGUUUCACCUAACGCUUCACACAGCCGGUAUAAUAGCAGCCAGCUUUGGUAUGGCAAACUUCUUCGCCCGUCCCUUCGGUGGCUACGCCUCAGAUGUAGCUGCACGCCUCUUUGGCAUGAGGGGACGGCUAUGGACCUUGUGGAUCUUACAAACCGUUGGAGCUCUGUUCUGCAUCUGGCUCGGUCGUGCUAGUUCACUCCCUAUAGCUAUCUUAGCCAUGAUGCUCUUUUCCAUCGGCACACAAGCCGCUUGUGGGGCCCUCUUCGGCGUGGCACCUUUUGUUUCCCGACGUUCUCUUGGGCUUAUCUCAGGACUAACUGGCGCUGGAGGAAAUUUUGGGUCAGGAGUUACUCAACUUCUUUUCUUCUCCUCGUCAAGGUUUAGUACAGCUGAAGGACUUUCAUUGAUGGGUGUUAUGGCGGUUGUGUGUACUCUUCCGGUUGCAUUGAUACAUUUCCCGCAGUGGGGAAGCAUGUUCUUGAGGCCAUCGCAACACGAAGAAAGAUCUAAGGAAGAACAUUAUUAUGGAGGGGAAUGGACAAAGGAAGAGAAGAGCUUAGGACUACACGAGGGAAGUAUCAAAUUCGCUAAAAACAGCCAGUCAGAGAGAGGCCGGAAGGCUAUGAUGGCUGAUAUUCCAACACCGGGGAACGGAACUCCAGCUCAUGUCUAGUGAAGGAUAAACACAAUAAAAUAUUUUUCCACAUAUAAACAAUCCUCAAAGAUAGCUUUAUGUUUUCUUGUUUUAUGUUUCGUCUUAUGAGAGAUGUGCCGAGUAAGAUCCUGGCUUGAUAAGUGAGGUUCAGUGAGCCCGGUGCUCGUGAUGUAAAAUGUCGUUCUAUAUGAAAGGCUUCUCCAUCAGUUUUCUC